AUGAAUCCAUACAAACGAAAUCAUUUUCUUAAUGUUGCAAGAAAUAUGAAUAAUUAUAUUGCUGCAUCAAGUCAACGGUAUUUCCGAAGACCAUAUUAUUCACCUAUACGUGAUAGAGCAAAUUUUUUAUCGAUAUAUAAUGAACCAUUGACAACCAAUUUUGGUCUUAGUGGUCUGAUUUCAUAUGGUUUAGGUGGAAUUGGUAUGUUACCAAAUAUGAUUAAUAUGGGUUAUUAUUUUGGUUAUUUUUUUAAUACUCGUGCAUAA